CAUCACCAGGAGAAGAUCGCCUGUACAUUGUUAACGUUGAUUUCUCCCGUUCCAGCCGCAUUUGUCUUCCGUGAGCCGGGGGGGUCACCGCCUCCCACCAAACGCCUGAAAUCUCGGCUUCGUUCAGCAACGGGACUCGAACCGGAACACCGGAACACCGAAACUAAAAUAACCCCCCAUCUAUGAUGAUGAAGAUGAUGAUGAAGAUGAUGUGGAGGAGCGGCGUCCGCCACCCGGCCCCGACCAGAGGCUGCCGCUGGUAGGGACGGAGCCGUGGAGCGGCCGGUGGAGCCGGUCAGAGCCGCCCGGAGAACCGGAGCAUCGGAGGACCGGAGGACCGGAGGGAGAGCCCCGGCCAACAUGACUGUUUUCAACCCGGACAAUGUGGAGGAAUUUUAUGAAAUCGGAGACGAGCUGGGGAGCGGGCAGUUCGCCGUGGUCAGAAGAUGUCGGCACAGGAGGACGGGCGUCGAGUACGCUGCCAAAUUCAUCAAGAAGCGACGCAACAAGUCGAGCCGGCGCGGGGUGACGAGGGAAGACAUCGAGCGGGAGGUGAACAUCCUGAAGGAGAUCCAGCAUCCAAACAUCAUCACCCUGCAGGAGGUCUUUGAGAGCAAGGCGGAGGUCAUCCUCAUCCUGGAGCUUGUUGCUGGCGGUGAGCUCUUUGACUUUCUGGCAGAAAAGGAGUCUUUGAGCGAAGAGGAGGCCACUCAGUUCCUCAAGCAGAUCCUGGAUGGAGUACUCUACCUGCAUUCCAAACAAAUCGCUCACUUUGACCUUAAGCCGGAGAACAUCAUGCUGCUGAACCGCUCAGUGCCUCAUCCGCGCAUCAAGCUCAUCGACUUUGGACUGGCGCACAAGAUAGAUUUUGGAAAUGAUUUUAAGAAUAUUUUUGGGACUCCUGAGUUUGUAGCUCCAGAAGUGGUCAACUAUGAACCUUUAGGUCUGGAGGCAGACAUGUGGAGUAUCGGGGUUAUAACCUACAUUCUUCUGAGUGGCGCGUCUCCCUUCUUGGGAGACAACAAGCAGGAGACUCUGGCCAACGUGUCGGCCGUGGAUUACACCUUUGAUGAGGAAUACUUCAGCAGCACCAGCGCUCUGGCCAAAGACUUCAUCAAAAGGCUUCUUAUCAAAGAUCCAAAAAAGAGAAUGACGAUCCAGGACACGCUCCAGCAUCCCUGGAUAAAGCCAAAAGACACCCAGCAAGCCCUGAGCAGGAAGGAGUCUGCAGUCAACAUGGAAAAGUUUAAGAAGUUUGCAGCUCGAAGAAAAUGGAAACAAUCGGUGCGACUCAUCUCCUUAUGCAACCGGCUGUCCCGCUCCUUCCUGUCCAGAAGCAACAUGAGCGUGGCCCGCAGCGACGACACGCUGGAUGAGGAAGACUCCUUUGUGAUGAAGGCCAUCAUCCACGCCAUAAAUGACGACAACGUUCCCGGCCUGCAGCAUCUCCUCGGCUCGUUAAACAGUUACGACGUCAACCAGCCCAACAAGCAUGGGACGCCUCCGCUGCUGAUUGCUGCCGGCUGCGGCAACAUUCAGAUCAUCGAGGUGUUGAUGAGAAAAGGGGCAGAAAUCCAGGCUAAUGACAAGAGCGGAGCCAACGCUAUCUACUACGCCGCCAGACACGGCCACGUCGACACCCUGAGAUUCCUCCAUGAAAAGAAAUGCCCUCUGGAUGUCCAAGAUAAGUCUGGAGAGACGGCUCUGCAUGUUGCUGCUCGGUACGGCAACGUUGACGUGGUGAGCUACCUGUGCAGCGUCCGGGCCAACCCAGACCUGACGGACAGGGAGCAGGAGACGCCGCUGCACUGUGCUGCUUGGCACGGAUAUUCUGCCGUAGCCAGAGCGCUCUGCCAGGCGGGCUGCCGUGUUGACGCCAGGAACCGUGAAGGGGAGAGUCCGCUGCUGACCGCCUCUGCUCGGGGCUUCGUGGACAUCGUGGAGUGCCUGGUGGAGCACAAGGCUGACCUGGAGGCCACAGACAAGGACGGACACACGGCUCUCCACCUGGCUGUGCGCAGGUGUCAGGUAGAAGUUGUCCGCUGCCUCCUCAGACAACGCUGCCAUCUGGACCAACAGGAUUGCCAUGGCAACACGCCGCUCCACGUCGCCUGCAAGGAUGGUAACCUGGCUAUCGUCAUGGCGAUGUGCAACGCCAAGGCGAGCCUCGACCUGCCCAACAAGUUUGGAAGAACUCCUCUCCACCUGGCUGCAGGUAACGGGAGCCUGGAGGUGGUGCGUCACCUCUGCCUGGCCGGCGCCAACAUCGAUGCCGUCACAAACGAUGGAAAGACGGCGGAGGAUUUAGCUUCAGCUGAUCAUCAUGACGUCAUAGUGGAUUUAUUGGGGAAGCUUAAAAAGCAGGACAACCACAAACUGAGCUACAUCCAGCAGCUGCGUCCCACUCAGACCAUCCAACCCCGGAUCAAGCUCAAGCUCUUUGGACACUCUGGAGCCGGAAAGAGCGCCCUGCUGGAGUCUCUGAAAUGUGGCAUCCUGCGCAGCUUCUUCAGGAGGAGGAGGACGACACGCAUGACCAACGCGGCGCGGCACCCCAACUCCCCCAUCAACUCCAAGCCUGCAGUCUCUGUGAGCAUCUCCAACCUGUAUCCCGGCUGUGAGAACGUGAGCGUCCGCAGUCGCAGCAUGAUGUUUGAGCCCAGUCUGACCAAAGGCGUCCUGGAGGUCUUCUCCCCCGUCCACAACGGCCUGUCCAGCGCAGACGAGCAGGCCACCAAGGCCAUCGACAUCCAGCACGCCAGCAUCCACGGUGUGGGGGAGUUCAGCGUAUGGGAGUUCUCAGGAAACCCCGUGUACCACUGCACCUAUGACUACUUUGCAGCCAACGACGUGACGGCCAUCCACCUGGUGCUGUUCAGCCUGGAGGAGCCGUACGAGACGCAGCUGGGCCACAUCACCUACUGGCUCAACCUGCUCAAGGCCCUCACCCCUCCCCAGGACCACAUCGUGUUCGGCGGGCGGAUCCAGCAUCCUCUGGCGGUGGUCCUGGUGGCGACGCACGCCGACCUGGCCGACAUCAGCAGAGCGUUCUCUGGAGAGUUCAGCUACGACAAAGAGAGAGCGCUGCUGAAAGAAGUCAAAAACAGGUUUGGGAACGAUGUGCAGAUCAGCGAUAAACUGUUUGUGGUGGACGCUGGAGCUUCAAACUCCAAAGACCUGAAGCUGCUGAGGAGUCACCUGCAGGAGCUACGCACCAGCAUCAUCUCUAGCUGCAGUCCCAUGACGCAGCUUUCAGAGCGUCUGCUGGCCGCCCUGCCGGCCUGGAGGAAGCUGAGCGGACCCAACCAGCUGACGUCGUGGCAGCAGUUUGUCAGCGACGUCCAGGAGCAGAUCAACCCGCUGGUCAGCCAGGAGCACCUGAGAACUCUGGCCAUGCAGCUGCACAGCAUGGGCGAGAUCAACAUCAUGCAGAGUGAGACGGUGCAGGACGUGGUGGUGCUGGAGCCUCGCUGGCUCUGCACCAACAUCCUGGGCAAGCUGCUCUCUGCAGAGACGCCUAAGGCCAUCCACCACUACAGGGGGCGCUACAGGCUGGAGGAGGUGCAGGCUCUGGCCCCCGACAGCGACGUGGAGGAGCUGCUGCAGAUCCUGGACGCCAUGGACGUGUGCGCCCGCGACAUCACCAACCCGUCCAUGGUGGACGUCCCCGCCCUGAUCAAGACCAACGGCCUGCACCGCUCCUGGACCGAGGAGGAGGACGAGGACGCGCUGAUCUACGGCGGCGUCCGGCUCGUCCCCGCCGAGCACCUCACGCCGUUCCCCUGCGGCAUGUUCCACAAGCUGCAGGUCAACCUGUGUCGCUGGAGUCACCAGCAGAAGCCCGAGGACGACGGCGACGGAGGAGACGACUCUGACGGAGACGUCCACCUGUGGACCAACGGAGCCAAAGUCCACCGAGCGGGGGCGGAGGCCAUGGUGCUGCUGGUCAACCACGGGCAGGGCGUGGAGAUCCGUGUGCGCGGACAGGAGGCGCAGCGGGCCAGGUGCUACGCCCUGCUGGACGCGGUGGGCGGCCUGACAGAGAACCUGCUGGCCUCCACGCUGCCCGGCCUGCUCACCGCCAAGUACUACCUGAGCCCCCAGCAGCUGCGCCAGCACCACGCCCCCAUCAUGGUGUACCAGCCCAAAGACUUCUGCCGCGCCCAGAUCCAGCGGGAGACCUCGCUCACCAACACCAUGGCCGGCUACCGCGAGAGCUUCAGCAGCGUCCUGGCCUUCGGCUGCGCCGAGGUCUACCAGCGCGGCACGCUGGGGACGGACGUCCACAUAUCCGACGUGCCGCCGCUGGCCCGCAGGAAGCUGUGCCGCAUGCUGGACCCCCCCGACGCCCUGGGCAAGGACUGGUGCCUGCUGGCCAUGAACCUGGGCCUCACCGACCUGGUGGCCAAGCACAGCAACGGCACACCAAACGGCCAGCAGGGGGAGCUGCAGCCCAGCCCCACCGCGGCGCUGCUCCAGGAGUGGAGCGGCAGAGCCAGCAGCACCGUCGGCGUCCUCAUGACCAAACUCAGGGAGCUGGGACGCAGAGACGCGGCCGACUUCCUCCUGAGGGCCUCCCCCGUUUUUAGGGUCAACAUGGAGGCUUUGAGCGGGGCCCCCAACGGGUACCCCCCCACCUGCAACGGCGGCACAUCCUACAACUCCAUCAGCUCCGUCAUUUCCCGCUGACGCUCCGGCCGGACGUUAUUCCCGCCGUCACGGUUUCAGCUCGCCACGCCGGACAGAGAGGAAUCCGUGUUUUUACGUCUCGCCGUUUGAUGAUGAUCUCCUGCUCUGCUGCUCAUCAAGUCUAAAUAGGAACAAACGCAGAAGUUGAUCAAAGAUGGCCGCCGGAUGUUCUUGGACCUCUUUCAUAUCCGCCCGCCGUUCUGAGAACUCUGUCAGUGUUUCUGUAGGAGGCUGCCAUCUCUUAAUAUUAUCGCCCUCUUUCAGUUUAUUUUUGUCUGCUUGUUGAUCUUUGUGUUUAAUUAAUAAAUUAAGAGCAUUUUUAGCGUGCCUUCAGGGCCUUCUACCUCCCAAAAAAAGCACAAACUGUCUUGUUACAACGGUCGUUCUUUCCAAACAUCUGAAGAACUGUGCCUUGUUGCUACAAAGAUACUUAAAACGAAAAUCAAACCAAGUCAGCAAUUUAAAGGUCGUCUGUUUAUAUUUAAGACGGGAAUCCCAGCUUAUAAUUAAAGGUCUUCAAACCUAAAA